UAACUAACCGUAUUGGCGCUAGGACAAAUAAGAAGUAAAACAACAAAUCAGCUGCGAAGGAAACUCUGUUACUGUUAGCGUCAAAGUCAUGGCCAUUGCCGCCGCCAUCUCACUGCCUCUCACGUCCCCAGCUCGCCGCUCCCUCGCCUCCUUCACCUCUCUUCGACCUUCUUCUCUAAUUCUGAAACUCAACUCUGUCAGGGGAAGUGUCGCUUUGAGAACUGCUUGUCUUCGCGUCUCGGCGGCCUCGUCUUCGAUGAGCGUCGAAGCCGUCGAGAAAGCCUCGCCGGCUUCUUUUCUGGACCGGAGAGAGACCGGGUUCCUUCACUUCAUCAAGUACCACGGCCUCGGCAACGACUUCAUUUUGGUUGAUAAUAGGGAUUCUUCGGAGCCUAAGGUCACUCCAGAGCAAGCAGCGAAGCUCUGUGAUCGGAACUUCGGGAUUGGCGCUGACGGAGUGAUCUUCGCGCUACCGGGCAUCAAUGGCACCGAUUAUACCAUGAGGAUUUACAAUUCUGAUGGGAGCGAGCCCGAGAUGUGUGGUAAUGGAGUCCGAUGCUUUGCCAGAUUCAUUGCGGAGCUUGAGAAUUUGCACGGGAAGCAACGCUUUACGGUGCAUACUGGUGCUGGUCUAAUUGUUCCAGAAAUUCAAGAUGAUGGGAAGGUUAAAGUUGAUAUGGGGGAACCAAUUCUAAAAGCAACAGAUGUACCUACAGGACUACCUGCAAACAAGAAUCAAUCUGUCGUUAAGUCGGAUCUUGAUGUAGAUGGAGUAACCUGGAAUGUAACAUGUGUUAGUAUGGGAAAUCCUCAUUGUGUAACUUUUGGUACAAAGGGAGGCCAGAAUUUGCAGGUCGAUGAAUUGAACUUGGCUGAAAUUGGUCCAAAAUUUGAAAACCAUGUGGUGUUUCCUGCACGAACUAACACAGAAUUUGUACAAGUUUUCACUCCUUCACACCUCAAGAUGCGUGUUUGGGAGCGUGGUGCAGGAGCAACACUGGCUUGCGGAACUGGUGCUUGUGCUGUAGUUGUUGCAGCAGUUCUUGAGGGUCGUGCUGAGCGGAAUUGCACGGUCGAUUUACCAGGAGGGCCAUUGCAGAUUGAGUGGAGAGAGGAGGACAACCAUAUAUACAUGACAGGCCCGGCUGAAGUAGUUUUUUAUGGAUCUGUGCCCCUAUGAUUCAUUUCGAAAAAAUUGCAUCUGCAUGAGGAUAGGUUUUGUUAUUUAAAUUCACCUGAAGAAUUGCAAGUCGAGCUGUAACGUGUGCAGAUAUAGAAAACAUCUUCUGCAUUUCUCUCUAAGCUUUUACGAAAGUCGAAUUCCUCAAAGAAUUGAUGUGCUUGGCUUGCCAACACGCCCUUUCCCCAGUUCUAAUAAGCUAUUGCAUCAUAGCAGUCA